UUGUGCAUUCUGCCGAGUGGCAGCAUUAUUUUUGUUCAGUGGACUGCCAUCCUGUCCACUGCCCCUCACCCUGCUGCUUUGCCCAGGUCUGGACUUGCUUUAGCUACUUUUGGAAUAGCACACUCUUUCUCUUAUUGUCAACUAUUUUGGAUUGGUACAUUCUUAAUCGUGCGCUGGUUCAGAAAAAAACAGUCAACAUAUAAGUUGGCGGAGUGGCCCUCAGGAUGUCAGGAUCAGUACAAGUGACGCAGAAGCUGCAGCAUCAGCGUCAACAGCAGCAUCACUAUGAGAGCAGCUGUCACCUAAGCACCAAGUCAUCUGUUAGCCGGCAGUCAUUCUCCACUUACAAGACCUCCAGCCGUCGCCUGCAGACCACUGUGAAGACAGAGAAGGGGAAGGAGGUGGUUAAACUGAGCCCACUACCCAAGAGAGCCAAACGCACCUACCUGGCGAUGGACACAGACAAGGAAGUUAUCGGCUAUGUCGUUCCCGUAUUUAGAGCCAGUCAUGAUGUUGUCCGCGGUCUGGCCGAGGCCCAGGAGGAGGAUGUUACUGAAGAGGGGAUUAACUAUGUGGCCAUGAGGAACCUGUUUGUCAGGGAGGCCAGGGAGGCUAUGGAGGUUAAAGUGGAGAAGAGAACAAGAACAACGCAUAUCAGGGAAUCUGCCGAACGCAUGGAACUAGGCAAGACGAUGGAGGAGUGGGCAGAGUUCCGUAAGAAAAUGAACCCAGACAGCCUGACACACCGUCCAGAGUUUAUUGUCAAGCCCCGUGGACAGACUGUCUGGGAGGGCAAGACUGUCAAGCUGCACUGCACAGUGGCUGGAUGGCCUAAACCCAGGAUUGUCUGGUACAAAAACAAUGUGCUCAUUGAUGCUAAGGCUCACCCCGAGAAGUACGCAGUCGAGAGCAAUUACAACAUGCACUCCCUGGAGAUCAAGAACUGUGAUUUCAUCGACACUGCUCAGUAUCAUGUCUCUGCCCUCAACGUGAAAGGGGAAGUUUCCUCUGUGGCUACUAUUGUUGUCAAAAGGUUCCAGGAGGGCAAAGAAGCAGGCCCACUCGAUCCUAAACCACGAGUGGAGGUGGAGGGGGUUCCCGGGCACCCCGGAUGUGGCGUCAUGGCCAACAAGGAUUGUGGUGGGCCCGGAAGGCCCCCGGUGGAGGGAAACAGCUCCAUCCUGGGAUACUACAUUGACAGGUGUGAGGUGGGCACUCACCACUGGGCUCAGUGUAAUGAUGCCCCAGUGAAGUAUGCACGCUUCCCUGUCACAGGACUGGUUGAGGGGCGUUCUUACAUAUUCAGGGUGCGGGCCUUGAACAAGGAAGGAGUCAGUCGUCCAUCUCGUGUCUCCGAGGCCGUGGUUGCCGUGGAUCCCUCAGACAGAGCUCGUCUACGUGCUGGCCCCUCAGCUCCUUUUACUGGGAUGAUCAAGUUUACAGAGGAGGAUUCUACUGUGGGUGUUGUCCCCGGAGAACCCUGUGAUGUUGUGGUUACCGAGGCAACAAAGAGCUACGUGGUACUCGCCUGGAAGCCUCCAGUUCAAAGGGGUCAUGAAGGAGUCAUGUAUUACAUUGAGAAGUGUAUUUCAGGGACAGACAUCUGGCAGAGGGUGAACACUGGUAUGCCAGUCAAGUCUCCCCGCUUUGCCCUGUUUGACCUGGCAGAGGGGAAAUCCUACAGCUUCCGUGUGCGCUGCUGCAACUCCGCUGGCGUGGGCGAAGCCUCUGUACCCACAGGAGAUAUCACAGUCGGAGACAAACUGGACCUGCCCUCAGCUCCAGGCAUUCCAGUGGCCACCAGGAACACUGACACCUCAGUGGUGGUCAUCUGGGGGGCCUCUCAGGUCAAACACCUGGUCGGCUACUAUAUUGAAUAUACCGUGGUGGGCACUGAUAAGUGGAUCCCUUGUAACAACAAACCUGUCAAGCAGACCAGGUUUGUGUGCCACGGCCUGACUACCGGAACAAACUGCGUGUUUAGGGUCAAGGCAGUCAACGCUGCAGGUUACAGCCAGAGCUCCUCCAAUUCUGAUGCUGUGGUUGUGCAGGCUGCCAUCUCCAUCCCUGGAAAACCUACUGGUGUGAGCCUGGUGGAGGCUGUAAAGGACUACAUGGUGCUGGCCUGGACUGCGCCUGCUAACACUGGAGGAGCCGAUAUCAGGGGAUAUUUUGUGGACUACAGGACCGUGAAGGGAGACGUUGUCGGAAAAUGGCAUGAAAUGAACCACAAGGCUUUGACUACUACCUCCUAUAAAGCUGAAAACCUGAAGGAGAACGUCUUCUACCAGUUCCAGGUGCGCGCUAUGAACAUGGCCGGCGUGAGUAAAGCCUCUCUGGCCAGUGCAGCUCUGGAGUGCAAGGAGUGGACCAUUACUGUGGCAGGUGCUCCUGUUGGUCUUCAUGUGCUGGAGGUCCGUGACACCUCUGUCGUGAUCCUGUGGGAGCCACCUGCAUUUAAUGGCCGCACUCCUGUCAAUGGCUACUAUUUGGAUGUCAAGAAGGCCUCUGCUGGAGAGGAAGGCUGGAAAGCUGCUCAUGAGAAGGCCAACAAGAUGAAAUACAUGAAGGUGACAGGGUUGAAGGCUGGUACAUCCUACGUCUUCCGUGUGCGUGCUCAAAAUCUUGCUGGAGUUGGAAAGCCCUCAGCAGUCUUAGGUCCAAUCCUGGCCCAGACUCACCCUGGCAACAAAGAGAUUUAUGUGGAUGUCGAUGAUGAUGGUGUGAUCUCUAUGAUCUUUGAGUGCUCUGAUAUGAAGGAGGGCUCUGAGUUUGUUUGGUCCAAGAAUUACCAGACUAUAACAGACACCUCUCGCUUGACUAUUGUCACUGAGAAGGGCAAGUCCAGAGCUAUCUUCAACAGUCCCUCCCUAGAGGAUCUAGGCAUAUUCUCCUGUGUGGUCACCAACACUGACAGCAUCUCCUCCAGCUACACACUAACUGAGGAGGGUCUCAAGCGUCUUCUGGACAUCAGCCAUGACCACAAGUUCCCUGUUAUUCCCUUUAAGAGUGAAAUGGCCAUGGACUUGCUCGAGAAGGGUCGCGUGCGAUUCUGGACUCAGGUGGAGAAAUGCACUUCCGCCUGCCAAGUGGAGUAUGUCUUUAAUGAUGUCAUCAUUACUGAGGGACAGAAAUACACACUAAACUUUGACAAGUCCACCGGCAUCAUUGAAAUGUUCAUGGAUUCUCUGGAGGUCACAGAUGAGGGAACGUUUACCUUUAACUUGGUGGAUGGCAAGGCUAAGGGCACAACUAGUCUGGUGCUUAUUGGAGAUGAGUUCAGGGAGCUGCAAAAGAAAUCUGAAUUUGAAAGGGCAGAAUGGGUCAGGAAACAAGGUCCUCACUUUGUGGAGUAUCUCGGCUUCACUGUUACUCCAGAAUGUAAUGUGCUGUUGAAAUGCAAGAUAGGAAAUGUCAGACCAGAGACUGAGAUCAUCUGGUCUAAGGACAGCAUUGAGAUUGCAGAGGAUGAUGACGACGCUCAGAAAAUUGAGAGAAAGGACGGGGAUCUGACCUUUAAUAUCGGAAAGUGGGUUAUUAAGCAGGAGAAACCAAAAGAAAAAAGAAAAAAGCCAACUGCAGAGGACGUUCCCCCACCACCAAGACCCAAAAUCUCCAAGGCGGAUGCAGGUAUUUAUGGGGUCAUCCUGAAGGACGACAGAGGCAAAGAUAAGAGCACCUUCAAUCUGACAGAUGCCGGAUACCAAGCUGUAAUGAAUGAGCUGUUCAGGGUUAUUGCCAACUCCUCCUCUGAAAUUACAGUCGUCAGUACUGAACAUGGCAUCAUCCUCUCCUCUAUGGUCACAUAUUACAAUGAGGAACUGCGUGUUGGUUGGCUCCAUAAAGAUGCUAAGAUUGCCGCCUCAGAGAGAGUUAAGUCUGGAGUCACAGGAGAGCAGCUUUGGCUUAAAAUCAAUGAGCCCACUGAGAAGGACAAAGGCAAAUACACCAUGGACAUCUUUGAUGGCAAGGACGGUGUAAAGAGAGUCUUUGAUCUGACUGGCAAGGCAUGGGAAGAAGCAUUUGAAGAAUUCCAAAGGCUCAAGGCGGCAGCAAUCGCAGAGAGAAAUCGCGCUCGUGUUGUUGGAGGCUUGCCAGAUGUGGUUGCAAUCCAAGAGGGCAAGUCCCUGAACCUGACUGGCAAUGUAUGGGGCGAGCCGGUACCUGAGGUAAGCUGGACGAAGAACGAUAGAGAGCUGGUAUCUGAUGAGCGCUACAAACUCAAGUUCGAGCACGGCAAGUUUGCCAGCAUCACAAUCACCGCCGUCACCACGGCUGACUCAGGCAAAUACGCCCUCCUGGUCAAGAACAAGUAUGGCACAGAAGCUGGCGAGUUCACCGUCAGCGUCUACAACCCAGAAGAGGAGGAGAACAAGGAGGAGAAGAAAGGCUAAAGGAUGAUGCAGUGUAAUGAAAUAAAGCAGAAAACAUCUGGGUUAUCUCCAAAGCAUUUUACCCCCGGUACAUGCCGGUGCACUGAGGAGUUUAAAUAAAUGAUUAAUACAGCUGCUUCCUCCUGCGUCUUUAUGUGCUGGGCUAAAGAGCUUUGGGCAUUGCUUGUCGAGGAAGCAAAUAAUGAAUGUGAUAAAGAGAGGAUCAUGGUGUGCUUAGUUGCUUGAAAAGUCUUCCAUCACUUCUGACUGCUAUCAGCAGUAAAUUUGAUGUUUAAUCAUGGGAGGGGGUUGAUCUGUCAUUGAUCUUUGUUUUAGCAUUGAAGGCCAGCAAGAUUGUGUUGUUGUUUUUUAAACUAUUGUACUAUUACAUUUGGAGAACCUUUGAAACCAAGUUAUGCCUGAGGUUUAUUCACUGUAAAAAGAAAAAUAAAGGGGGGAAAACCCCUGAUGUAAAGACCUUC